GGUGGAACAAGGGGGCUGCACUCUCAUGCAGUGAAAUAUUCCAGUGGGAUUCAAACCGAUGUUUAUGUGCUCAUCACUGAGGGACUGACACUACUGACAACUGCUACUAAAAGUAGCUAAUUAGCCUCUAGUAGAGGCUAAUUAGCUCUAGCUGUUGUUGGAGUGUUGGCUACAAUGAUUUUAACGUGUACUCCCAAACGUUGCUGGCUAAAAUAAAAUAACUCGUUAGCAUGAAAGAUGAAAUGAAUUGAUCAUAUUAAUAAUUAUAUUUAAUAUAAUUAUUAAAUUAUUAUUUUUAUGAUUCAAAAUAUUGGUACCUAAUAUUUUAAAAUUAUGACAUUUUUUGUUUGAAUUACACUCAAUCAGUCCUACACUUUUAGUCUUACUUAGUCCUUAGUUUUAGGCAAAGUAGCCAACUAAAAGUAGUUAAAACUUAACUUAGUGUAGUGUAAGCCUAGUAAGCCUAGUCUACCUAUUUUAGUUUCAUAAUACUAUUAAUACUAUAAGUAUAUCUUCCAUCCUAAAUCCUAAACUUAUUAUAAAGUUAUUAAAAGUCAACAUAUUCACUUUAUUCAGUCUUCAUAAUUCAGCUGUGACUUUCAGUCUGGGGCCCACUGGGAAAAAAGGGGGGGGGGGGGGUGUGUCUUGUGUCAAAUGGCACUCUGCCUAGGCUAGACCAUUGUAGGUAAUUUUAUUUUUCAACAGGAGUUCUUAAGCUGGUGCAAGUUUAAUACUGUUACCAUUUUGGGACUGCACAGAAGCCUGCAGGCAGGUAAUCAAGCAAUGUCCCUGAAUUUACUUUCAACGAGAACAGCCUUCAGAUGUAGACAGUUAUGUCAUUUUCAAGGUGCAGAUAAGUUUUAUAUUGUUUUUAUUAUUUCAAAAUAUACUUUCAAUUUGCAUAUUCAGGUAGUCAUUUAUUCAAUCUUUUAAGAAUUAUUUUCCUUUAACUUUAACACAAAUUCAUCAAUUUAAUCAAUUAAUGAUAAAUGCAAAACUGAUCAAUAAUAAUUUGUUGUAUAUUAGUAUUAGUAUUAUUAUUAUUAUUAUUAUUAUUAGUGGUGGUUUUAUAUAGCGCCUAGGGCUGGGCUCACCACACUGUACAUACAAUUUAACAAACAUAAUCAUGAACUUAAAAAUUAACAUACAUUAAUUAAAUAAAACAAAACAAAUGUAUAUUCACUCCACACAUUCAAGAACUAUUUACAUAUCAAGCCAUGGACGGCUACCCAGCAGCAUCGUUUUAUCGACCAGAGGGGGGGAAUCAGUCAGGAUAGUAGAGUUUAAAGAGAUGUGUUUUGAGAGCAGUUUUGAAGGCUAUGAUGGUCAGUAUAUUGCGAAUGUGUAGUGGAAGAGAAUUCCAUUGUUUGGGGGAACAGAAAGAGAAUGAUCGUUCACCGUACGUUUUAUGCAAGUCUUGGGGAAUAAAAAACUAUUUUAAAAAAUCAUCUGUAAUAUUCAAAUGAAUUUUUAGUUAAUGUUGUAAUCAAUUCUUUAAAAUUCCAGACCAUCAUAAUCAUUAAGUACUAUUUAUUAUUAAUGGUCGUUUUAAAGAAUUAGCUGCAGUCUGGCAGCUAUUUCUUGUAAUUGUUUGAAAGUGAAAUUUAUUAAUUUGGAAUAAAUUGCACCCAGACCUCUAAGUCUAAGCAAAUGAUAUUAAUUUUAAAUAAAACAAAAAUAAACUGCUAAAGACAAUUUUAGACAUUUCUUUAUAACAUUAAUAGUACUUAUAGGUUUUUAAAUGGUGAAAAAAAUUUAGAAAACACAUAACUGUGGGCAUUAAAAUACUUAUGAUAGCAAACUCUGUUAAGUGGGAGAGAAGGUAAAAAAUAAAUUCUAAUGUCGAUAAGAGAAAUUUUAAAUGUUAUAAUCCAAGUCUUUCUAGGUCAAAGGACUUGCAGUGAAUAAGCUGUUAAUUUAUUAUGUCAGGAUAAUUUUGGCUUUUAGUAUACAGAAACGAUAGUUAGCGAUUCAGCUCACUAAUAUACUCAUUACUAAAAUGAUAAUAAAGACAAUGGUAGUAAAGGGGUAUCAAUAAAAAAGAAUUUAUAAAAUUAAAUACUAAAAUAUUUGGUUAACAUAUUAAUGCAUAUAAUCAAAUAUUUAGUAAGUCGUCAAAUUUAAAAAAAAAUUGAUUGCAGUGCUAUUUAGUGGUACCUUCAGAUGGAGCAAAAUGAGCUACUCAGUAACACCAGCUACGAAAGAAGAGCCAACAGCCCCAAUUAUUGUAACACCCGUCCCAGGACCUAAAUCACAGUUGCUUAAGGAAGAACUUGACCAAGUGCAGGUAUAUUCAUUUAUAGGUGUCAUAUGAUGUCUCACAUCAGGAACUGGCAGCACUGCUAGUCUGACUGCCUUCUGAUUUUCAUAAAUUAAACAAAUUCUAUUUUAUUUAACAAAACUCACAAGUACCCAUUGCAAAUUUAUGUUAUCACUUCUCAAACAGUCUGAAGAAUUAGAAUUUUAAAUGUUCUGAUAGCAAAGAAUAGAAUUGUAUGAUCAAGAAUUGUCCAUCAUAUUUGCUGGUCACCCUGGAUGUAGUAUUUCACCUCCUCAUGAAAUGCUCAAUGGUUUACUUUGAUAUAGUUGGGUGCUGGGUGGCCGAGCGGUCUAAACUGUCUCAAACCAAAUAGCUGGUGGUCUGGAGUUCAAUCCCCGCCAAAGCCAACUUCUCAAGCACUCCGGUUGGAUGGGACUCGUUAGCCUUGGACGGCAACCCAUCUAAGAGAAGGCAAACUCUAAAUUUAAACCAGGAGCCAGAAUGAUCAACAAAUUGAUCGUGGGCCCCUCAAAUAUAAGAAGAAGAAGAAGAAGGCUUAUGAUUUUUGGGGAAGGGGGAUAGAAAGAGAUAGUAGCAGGCGCAAUAAUAAUUUAAUUUGAUCAACUGUGUGCCAAAAAUUUACGCUCAACCAUACAGAGAAAUUUGCUGAGUUUCUAAAGAUGAGAAAUAAAACUGAGCUGUCAAUAUUUUUUGCUUUUUCCCUUAGAACACAGAUGCAGUUCAAUUCUUUGUUGACUACCAGAAGAGUGUAGGGAACUACAUUGCUGAUGUCGAUGGGAACUAUUUAUUGGAUCUCUAUACACAGAUAGCCAGUAUUCCCAUAGGUCAGUUUUAUGAAAAUAUGCUAUGAAUGUCAAAAUGGUUUCUUUGCUGCUAGUUUAGAGUAAAAUCUUAAUUUCAAUUUUUUUACCUUUUCAAUAUUUUGUUAUUCUGGUUUUGGUUUUUCUUUGUUCAACCUUGGGCUCAUCAAGCAUGUCACUAAAGUACAGUGUGUGCUGAUAAACCAAAACAAAAAAGGCUACAGUUAACUUUGCCUAUAAUGCUCAUGAGUUUUACAAAUUCUGUUGACAGACAAAAGGGCAAGGAUAUAAUAUUAACUUAUAAAAAUAUGUACCCAAAAUUUAUCCUAAGAAUCAUAAUGUAUUAGAAGUAAUUUUGAUGCCCCAGUGUUUUGUUAAUUGUGGAAAGUAUGUGGAUAUGAUUUUCUUUUCCUGACAUUUUCAAAAGACAACAGGACUCUACUGCCAUUUUAUGUGUAGGCUACAUGAGGACUGUGAUCAGCCUGACAAUAGGGGUCCUUAUUUAUUGUCAGAUCUCAUGAAUGACGUGGACUAUCAGUUCCAGCUUUCCUGUGGGAACUAUGAAGGAGUUAAAAAUGUCCUUUGUUUGGUCCAUAUAUUUUUCUGAGAAUGUUUCUCUCCCAUGUGUUUAAUAGGUUUUCUGCUGGUUUUUUAAGGAAAUUUUUUCUUUUAUUUCUGUUAGUAAUUCAUUUUUUUCAUUAAAAAAAUAUCCUAGGUAUUUGAAUUGAUUUAAUUUUUCAAAAGAGUGGUUUCUUAUUUAAAUGAUUUCAUCUGUCUGUUCUUCUCUAAACAUUGUCAUGUAUUUUUUUUUUUUUUUUGUUGUUAACUUCCAUCCCUGCUUGUAGUGAUCUGUAUUCUAUUCAUUAAAAAAAUAUCCUAGGUAUUUGAAUUGAUUUAAUUUUUCAAAAGAGUGGUUUCUUAUUUAAAUGAUUUCAUCUGUCUGUUCUUCUCUAAACAUUGUCAUGUAUUUUUUUUUUUUUUUGGUUGUUAACUUCCAGCCCUGCUUGUAGUGAUCUGUAUUCUAAUUCAAUAAAGGCUUUUGAUAUGUCUUUACUACUUUUCCCUAACAGUGCUAUGUCAUGUACAAGAUACUGAAGGGGUUGAGUGUAGAGAAAUCCUAUUGUUUGUGGUGUGGGUCUUGGGCUUCCCUCAGAAAGUAUCCAUUUGAUUGUUCCUCAUAAUAACACAUGCUAGAUAUAGAGGCAUUGAAAUAAAGCAUACAUAGAUUAAAAGUGAAACAAGAUGAAAAACUUCUGUUUUAUUUGAUUGAAUGCAAGCAGAGUCAUGCCAUCACUGGCAGUCCCGAGUGACAUGUGAUUUCAUUACUAUCUUUAAAUAAAAGUGAGAGCGCUGUGUCAGGACAUACUCAGAUGCACUUGGAUGCAUCCGUUGGAACACCUGAGGAUGCAUUUAGUUGCAACUACAGGGAAUGAGUUAAAUAAAAAACAAGAAAUGGCAAUCGGAUUAAAUAAAAGCCUGUUUAAAUUUUUUUAUUCUUAGGAGUUUAUUUUUCGAUAUUCAUGCGGCGUUUAAAUAGUUUUUUACCUCUUGUAGGUUACAACCACCCCAGAAUCCUGAAAGUUCUCACAGACCCUGAAAAUUUGGUUAGUAUAAUGUUAUAUUCUUUUCCUUGGAUAUUUGGAAUAAAUUAAUAGAUUAAUAAAUUAACCAUCACUUUUAAAACUGGAGGCUAUUGGGUUUGAAUAUAAUAAAAAGCUAGGCUCAACCUUACACCUUAUUAAUCAUUUGUUAUUAAUAAUUUCAUUAACCAAGAUUUUAGUAUGUUUUUUUUUUUUGUUACCUGGUUCUUUUUGUGUUUUUUCACCUUAACUGUACGGUCCAACUAUAGAGAAAUCCGUCUUUUUCACCGGAUAGGAAAGGGGAGGAGCAAAUUUUCUAUUUAGUUAAAUAAAAUUAGCAUUAUAAUAAAAUUGUUUUAAUUUAUAAAAAUUAAGGUUUUAAAUAUAAUUAUCAUUGUUUUUAAAAAAAAAUUAUUAUUAUACGAAUCGCGAACGAGACAAGUUUACGUCGUCCAUUUUUUUUUCUAAAUGCGAAUGUAAUCGAGCCAGCUGCUUCAGAAAAAAAUAUUUUAGAUUACAAAAUGGACUUAGAAAACAAUGAAAUUAACUCAGAUGAAUCCCUAAGUGACUCUUCUGAUGAUUUGGAUUCAGAUUAAUAUGAAAAAACAUCGAAUGAAGAUGUGGAUGUUUUUCACACUUAAAUUAUGAUUGUAAGAAAAUACACAAUCAUUUUCAAGCACCAUUUAUAAAAUAUGAACAUCCAUUCAUUUCUGAACAAUUAAAUAUAUAACAUGAUGGGUAUUUAUUAGCUACUCAUUUUAUGGGUAUCCCAUUAUGUGUGAUGACCUAAAAAAAAAAAAUUAAAAAAAAGAACCAAAAAAUCCAUGAACUGCAAAGAUUAAAUCUGUUAUGAUUAACAAUGUAAUACAAAACAAGUGGAAGCAACUGUUAAGUUCCUUAAAUAACGAGAGAAUUAUUAUGUGUUUAAAAUUUAAUAAUCUUUCUGUUGAUAAUACAAAAAAGGAAAACCCUUCUAAUUAUUGUCAUAUAGCAAUUUACUAAAGACAUUUGUUUAGUAAUUAAUAUGUGUGGAUCCCACUUUGAGCUCCUAGUAGCAUUUUUGUGCAUAUUUUUCUAUAUUUUAUUCUCUUUUAGAGCUCGUUUGCCAACAGACCAGCUUUGGGAAUAUUUCCUCCGUCAGACUUUGUAAAAAAUGUUACAGAAUCUCUCUUAGCAGUAAGUCUGUUUAUUAUGUGAUCAAUAAUACCUUAAUGAUAAAAGUAAUGUUAUAUUUGAUGGAACACCUGCAAAAGAAUCUUGAUAAUACAAGUAUGAAACGAUUUUAGUUUUGUAUAAAUAUACUAGAAGCAUUUCACAUCAUUUUUACAUAGAAUUUUGACAAUAUUUUAUUAUAAUUUACAAUGUCAGGUGGCUCCCCCUGGAUUAAGACAAGUACAGACCAUGGGUUGUGGGGCUUGCUCUAUUGAACAUGCCUUGAAAGCUGCAUUCAUGGCAUUCAGAGUGAGUAGACAUUGUAAUGACUUAACUAUCUUGGUAGAAAUAUUCUCUCAGUUAAAUAUGAAUAUUGUUUCCUGAUAACAUCCUUGGAAAAAAUAUCCUUUUAAUAUUAAUUAGUAACGUGUAUAUUAUAUUUUGUGCAUUUUAUUAUCAUAUUUUAUAUAAAUGACCAUCUGGACUGGAAUUUUUGGAAUUUUAGUUAGGAAAUCAGUUAGGAAGCACCAAUUAAUGUAAUUUGGGAUGAUAACACAUUUGAGGGAAUCGUGCUGUGACCGUUUAAAAUAACUGAGAAUUCUUGAAUUAAUAUUUAUCUCUUUUACAGAGAAAGGAGAGGGGAGGUAAACCCCCCAGCAAGGAAGAGCUCGAAUCAAGUUUAUGGAACAAACCUCCUGGCAAUCCCAACAUUUCUGUUCUGUCUUUUAAAAAUGCAUUUCAUGGCAGAACCAUGGGUAAGGGAUAUAGAGAGAGAGGGAGAGAGAAAGAGAGAGAGAGAGAGUAAACUGUUAAAUAUGUUUCUAUAUUAUACAUGGUCAUAAUUUGUUUAAAAGUUUUUAUGUAUAAUUUCUAAAUAGCCAACAUUUAAUCAUGUUUUAAAUUAUUUAUAUAUAUAUAUAUAUAUAUAUAUAUAUAUGUAUAUAUAUAUAUAUCUAUCUAAGUAAAUUGUAAGGUAAUAUUAGUUUUGUUGUACAUUUAUCUUUGUGAAACUAUAAAUAUAUGUUUAAAACAUGUCUGUAGGAUGAAUCACUUAGUAAUAAUAAGCAAGAUAUUAAACAAGUCUUACUUCAGUGACUUUUUAUCCUUAUUGGAAACAUUUCUUCUGUACAAAAAAAUGCUGGGUUCUAGAGCCAUGCUUAAUAAUAGAAUAUCCUUUCUCAGUGGAAACAAAACAACAACAAAAACAUUUUCAUUAAAUGCAAAUCUAUUAUCUUGCCAUCCAGGUGCUCUGGCCUUGACCCACACAAAAUGGAGUCACAAACUGGAUUUCCCAAGCCCUGACUGGCCGAUAGCUUCAUUUCCUAGGCUCAGAUAUCCAUUGGAGAGUUUUAAACAGGAAAACAAGAUUGAGGAGUCCAGAUGUUUGGCUGAGGUAACACCACACCUAGAGUAGACUAAGUGUUUAUAAAUAUUGGUAUAAAUAUUAAUAUGUACACUAGAAAUCUAUAUCACUAGGAUACAUAGGGGCAUAUAUUGUCACUGUAACUCUCUAAAGACACUAGUCAAAUUAGUAAAUAUUUUUUUUUAGAAAAUUGUGUUAUUCAAACUUCAUAAGAAUUAGGACUUCCUCCUCUCCUGUGAAGAUGUUUUCCAAAUUGAGUUAGUGGAAAGUACAUUUUCUGUCACAUGAUUGAACCAAAUGUUUCAAGAGCUUUUUGUAAAGUAAUUAGGUUUUUAUUGUCUCCUGCACAACAGACCUGUUUACCCUCAAACUCUUAAAAUCGUACAAUAUCCUCACAAAAUAGUUCAAUACACUAUCUUAAAGUAAAAAAUAAACAUACAGUAUAUAUUAUGUAUGCAUCUCAAAAUUGUACAUUGUACACCGAGAUCGUAAGAGUAAACAGAUCUGGUACAAUUUCAAAAACCUGACUUGUUCAUUUAGAGAGAUAAGGCCACAAUAUAAAUGUUCCCAUGACUAGAGCCAUUAAAACACAUUAGCCCUGAAUAAUAGCAAAUAUUUCAGUGUGGCAAGUUUCCUUUGAAUUAAUGCCAUUUAAUUUUAAAACCAUUUCGAUAUCAGCUGUUUAAAAACUUUUUACAGGUUGAAGAGUUACUGGAACUUUACAAAAGGAAAGAUAACCCAGUGGCCUGUAUUGCUAUUGAGCCCAUCCAGUGUGAGGGGGGAGAUAACUUUGCUAGUCCAGAAUUUUUUCAAGGCCUGCAAAAUAUCUGCAGGAAAGUAAGUUGUUACAAGCUGAAGCUGAUUUUUAGAGUGUGUGGUAUAUGUGGACCUACCAAAUAGCUUAAUACAUUUGUAAGUCAUAUAUUGCAACUUUUUUGGUAAACUAUACAAGUGAUCCUGACCCAAAGUCAAUACAUCGCCAUUAACAUGUUAAUCCCCCUAGAUACUACCUACAUUGUGUGUACUAAACAACAACUGAAGCGUGGUCAACUUUAUUGUGCAAGCGAAAUUAAUGCCAUCCACAAUGGAACUAUCAAUAAUCCUAAAUUAAUUAAACGUAACAACUCUCAUUCAAAUUAAAAUGAAAGAACUGGAAUUAAUGUAAAAGUUAAAAAUACAACAUGUAAAUAGUUUUAUUUUGAAAGUUCAACAAAAUAAUCACAUAUUAAUUUUUUUUAAAUUCCUCCUGCUGACGUUGUUAUAGAACAUAUUCUACAUUUUCAUUCUUUUAAUUUUAAGCCACAAAAUCUUACAUGCCCCAUCCCCUGUUCUUUCCCACCACACACCCUCUUCGCACACAGAACACAAUUGCUCUGUUGAUUGAUGAAGUGCAGACCGGUGCCGGGACCACAGGGAAGUUCUGGGUACAUGAGUAUUUCAACUUGAGAGACCCACCUGACCUUGUGACCUUUGCCAAGAAGAUGCUGACAGGGGGGUUCUACUACAGGGAUCAUCUUCGGCCAACAGAGGUAACUAGUUGUUAGUGGGGUCAGAGCUGACGGGGGGGUUCUACUACAAGGAUCAUCUUCGGCCAACAGAGGUAACUAGUUGUUAGUGGGGUGAGAGCUGACAGGGGGGUUCUACUACAGGGAUCAUCUUCGGCCAAAAGAUGUAACAUAGUUGUUAGUGGGUCAGAGUUGUCAGGGGGGUUCUUCUACAGGGAUCAUCCUCGACCAACAGAGGUAACUAGUUGUGGGGUCAGAGCUGACUGUAAACACUACACUAGUUAAACUUUUACAUUUCACAGAACGGAACAAAUUACUAGUGAUUAAAUGAAAGAGAUAUGGGAACACUUCAUUAGUGAGAUCAUAUGGUGAAUCAAUAUGAGGAAAGAGUUCACCAUUGAAUAUAUUUUGAACAUUUUAAGCCUGGUAUAUUAUGUUUUAUUAAUUUACUUAUUUCCCUUCAUUAUUUGUAAAACAUGUAAGAACUGUACUGGCAAUAAAACUCUCAUCCAAAUUGUACAAAAACACAGGAUAUCAAGAUUUAUUUAAACCUGUGGGCAAGUCAGUUGUAUCUAUGGUGCUUGUUGUGUCACACAGGGAUACAGAAUAUUUAACACCUGGCUGGGGGACCCAUCAAAGGUGAUCAUGUUGAAAGAAGUUCUGGCCAUCAUUAAAGAUGACCAACUGUUACAGAGAACGGCAGACACUGGGAAAUAUCUGGUACAAAAUUUGAUGGAUGCCCAGGUAAUAGUUUAAUGGUGACUUUUAACUUUACCCCAAAUGAUUCUUGUUUCUGUAGACUUUCUAUACUACCUAUUAAGCCAAAGGAGGGUUAUGAGUGCACCUAAUGGCUAUUGCAAACCCCUUGGACAAAUCAAAUAGGCCUGGGAAUUAUUAGAGAUCAUUACCAAAAGCCACUUCAUGAGGGGUUCUGAAACUUUAGAAUUCUUGCCUAUAUUUAUAAAUUAACCAAACAUUAACCCUUUACAGUCCAAACCUAUUCAGCCUUGUCUACUCCCAGCGCCCAAGCAAAGGGACAUAACUCCAUUUUAAAUGAAGGUUCUUUAUCUAAUUAAUUUACAGAAAAUAAACUAGAAGCAACAAAAUAAAAUAAAAACUACCUAAAUACAAAGAAAUGAUUAAAGCAAAAGUUAAACCUAAAAAUAGUUUCAGAGACCCUCCCACUCAUGAAAUAGUGAAGCUUCAUUAGGCCUAAGUUCUUUCAAAAGUGUAUCCAAGGCUUAGAUAGCCAUUUUUUACAGCGGAAAAAUCGCGAAUUUUAAAAAAAUCAUAGAAAAUAAGCCCCUAAACACACCGCAGUGAAACUAGUAUCGAAAUAAAUGCAGACAACGAGGCUUUCUUCCGGUAGAACUAUAAAUAGUAAUGCGCAAUGGAUUUCCGCUGUGCUAAGAACGAAAGUAAACACCUCGAAACGGGCGGGUUCGGCCUCAUCGGACUGUAGGCUUGAGAAAAAAUCGGCGCAUUUCGGGCGCAUCAGACUGUAAAGGGUUAAAAGAAUGUUAAAUUAGUGUGUUUUAAAACAAAAGGCACAGAGUACACAGGUGUCCAAUUAGAACUUAAAACAUUCUAUUUUAACCCUCUAUAAGCCUCCAGGAUUUGUUGAUGUAAUAUUCUAUGGAAUAAAACCUUGCAGUGUGGAUUAGAAUUAAUAUUUUUGCCUUUGAGGCAGUUUUGAAAGGGGGCAGAGAAUUCAGCUCUACAAACUGUAACUAAGGUUCAGCCUAUGCCAUUUUGUUUCUUAUAUUCAUAGACCAGAUAUCCUAAACUGCUAUCAAGGUCAAGAGGGCUGGGGGCCAUAGCUGCAGUGGACCUACCUGAUGUCCAGACAAGAGACAAAGCCAUUGUUAAAAUGAGAGAACUUGGUAGGUCAUUCCUGCUUAGGUUUUAUUACAGGAAGAGAUCACAAUGUGAAGUAGCUUCAAAUAGUCUAGUAUAAGAAAUAGUCUUCCACAUUAAUGGAAAUGCAGCACAAAAAUUGUCCUUAGGUUUGUGUAAAGUAGCUUUUAGAUGGCAUUUUAGUUUUGCUCGUUUAUGACACUCAUGUUUAUUCACUUUGUAUUGAUCACGUCAGACCUGGUUACUCGUACAAUUUUGGCAUUCCAGUACAGUGUAUGCUUUUGAGAUCUUAUUUAUGAUUGUACGCCAAGACCUUUAAAUAUAUUCUCAUAGUUUUUAUCAUUUAACAAAAACAACAAAAAAACUAACCCUUUUCAAUUGUUAUUUUUAGCUCUCAAUGAACUUCCUAGAUACAGCAACAGUAAUAUUUAGCAAAGUUGCCCAAAUGACAAAUUUAAUUAAAAUUCACUGUUGUUUGCUUUUGUGCCACAUGAUGUAGCAACAGUUUUAUGAAUACAUUCUCAACUGCUCCACACAACAGCAUUAAAGUUGACAUAUUUUAGAAGAUCUAGUAAGCGGAAUUUGAAAUCCAUUUUUAGAAGUCACUAAGCAGCUGUACUAUUUUAAUACCCCAUUUGGUUCAAGCACACCACUUCCCUUCUCCCACUACAUCUUGCUGUGGUUAUUAGGCUAUAAUGUGUUAAAGGAAAAUAAAAUCGGGCACCUAGGCUUAAUGCAGUGGUGGCCAACACAGGACCUGCCCUGUUAAAUAUCAUGGCCCAAGGGAUGUAUCACAAAUGAACUUAUUUCUUCAUUCAAUUAGUGAUUAUGUUCACAUUUUGGCAUAAACGCACAUUUGAAAUAUAUAGUAGGCCUAUACCUCAUUCUUUGUGAUGGUAAGAACCAUUUCCAUGUACUUGAACUUUUUGGGACUGAUUAAAAUUUAAAAAAUGAUUGAAAUAAGCAAUCUCUGAAGUGUUUUACUAUGUAGUAACUACUAAAGUAAAAAGAAUUUAUAUAACCACAGGUAGAGGGAAUCUAAUAUUUCAUAACAUUAUGAUGUAGUGUAGAAUGAUGCAAAACUUAAUUCAGGUAUACACAAAAGUGCAUUCGUGCAUUUUAAAUUUAUAAAAAAUGUCUUGGAUGGGGGGUUCGGCCCCCUACCCAAACCCCACUUUUGCGGAGGUGACAUGCAGGCAUCUCUGAUUUCCGCCUCUUCACCCCAUUUUUGUCUAUCAAAGUUGCAAAGACUUUGGUUAGUGACCUUGGACAUACAAUGCCAAUAGUUUUUGCAUACAUAGUUACAAUGCGGUGUAUGAUUGUGAGGUGUUUAAUUACUCUUCUGAUAUUGUACUAGUUUGGGAAUUCCAGAGCAACCAGGUCUGCUAUAGUAAGAUUUCACAUUGUUUUUAUCAUCCUGAGAGUUAUUUAAGUAAUUUUUCUCAAUAUAUUAAUCAUCAACACAAAGUUGUCUAAAUUUAGGAUUUACUUUGAUUAACCCAUGAGUUUAGUUGUAAAUAAACUGUAAGGACAAGGUUCAAUUAACGACAACGUUGACCUAAACAUUGUGUUCUUUAUGUUGACCAGGUGUUCACCUUGGGGCAUGUGGAGUAUCAACCCUCAGAAUCCGGCCAACCUUGACCCUAGAGAGGAAACACGUUGAUGUUUUUGCUGAAAGGUUUGACAAAGUUCUGAAACAGUUGUAAAAGUUAAACUCCUUAUCACUGAGACAUGGAAACCAAAGAUCAAUAUAUUCUCAAUACUAGAGUCUGUCCCGUCCACCCCCCCCCCAAACCACACACAAUUAAUUUCAUGACUUGAUACCUGUUAGAACUUCCCUUGCAUUUAAUUUCAUGGGGAUGAUCUUGAGGUGUUUAUUGAGGGAAAACAAUUUGAUGGGCAGAAGUUAGUGCAAUACAGGGUUACAAGUUAUAUGUAACAAAUUUUGAUUAUGUUAGAGAAAUUAAAGGUUAUAGGCUACAAACAAGACUUAACAUUUUUAUUGGUACCCUAAUAUUUUAAAAUAACAUGUUCUAAUAGCGUUCAUAUUAUAACAGUUGUCAAUGGUGGACAAAUAAUUAAAUGUCUUGCUGUGUAACAUUACUAAAGUCACUUUGCAUACAUUUUAGUUGUAUUAUAGUGGUAUGUUGUCCUUGGAGAUGUGUCAGUCAUUUAGUUUAAGUUCAAUAUUGUUGUUCUGCUUGCUUUAAAUCAUCCUUUCAUUUUCCCAAUUGGAAGAGUUCUCCACCAAAGGAAAGGUGACAAAAAUGGUAAAACUUGAAUGAAGCUAGACCAAAAGUCUUCCUCACCAUCUUAUUGUUACAUCCCAAAGUUUGAAAUAUAAUACUUACCUAGUCUUUAUGUACCCACACAAUGGGAUUGUUUUUUUUGUUGUUGUAAUUUUUAAUGUUCACAUGAUGUCACCUGAAAUAAAUAUGUGUUUUCAUAUUAACUAUUAUGUAAUAUUAGUUUUGUGUUUAAUAAUUAAACAGAGUCAUUGAUAAUUUAACUAUUAAUAUUUUUAGCUUACAAGUAUGUAAUAUAUUGUUUUUGUUUAAGUUUGCCAAAUGGUAUAUUGGCCCAAAACAACUGAUCAUAUUUGUUAGAGCUUUCCCAAUAUUAUACAAUGUUGUCAUCUAUUGAUGAUGUUGACAACUAUGAAGGAUGUUAACAUCUAUCAACAAUGUUGACAUCUAUCAACAAUGUUUACAUCUAUCAACAAUGUUGACAUCUAUCAAUAAUUUGGCAUCUAUCAAUAUAGUGCAAGUAGAGAAAUAUAAGUACUAAGGUGUCACCAUUAAUAGUAAUCAGCUUACAUAGCAUGAGCACGGCCCAAUUCUGUAUAUGAAAGUCAACCAAAGACUUCUCUAUCUUAAUAAAUUGUAAAAUUUCCGUGCAAAGGAACAAGGAUAUUAACUUAUUCUGCAGUGCAACAAAUGGAAGCCUACUUAACUUCUGUAUUACCUGCUGGCCUUGGAAUUCAUCUCCUGACAUCAAACACUGAAUAAACUCAUCAAGAGAGCUAGUAACAUCACACAAACUAAACAUCCUUCACUUGAAGAACUACAUGAAGAAAAAUUCUGUUGUAAAACUAAACAUUUUUUUAUACGUCCCACCCUCUUCAUGACGGAUGCCUAAAGGAUCAGUCUCUAUUAAAGUUAGGACCCAAAGAUAUGAAAAACUAUUUAGUUCCCCAGUCUGUACAAAUUGACCAGUGUGCUCCCCCAGCUUUUACCAAAUCAAAAUGACCACUAAUUACUGUCACCAAAGGAGUACAUUGAUGGCUUGUGUUUACAUUGUUAUUAUUGGAACAUUUUGUCUUGGCUAAAAUAUGUUUUUAUUGAUGUGCCAAAAAUGAAUGUCUACAAUGUAAUCAAAAACAUUUCCAUUUAUUUGGAUGAAUUAAAGAAUCUUAUCUUAUCAAGAC